CAAUAACGUUGAUGUCCAUAUUCCCUUCAUAUUCUUGUAUUCACACUUACUUUUGAGUUUUAUACACCUUCAUGCCACCCGAAUGGACCUCAAUCUGUGAAACAUGCCGCCAGAAAUUCAAAAGUCGCAGACUUGCUGCCCAUCAAAAAGCCUGCAGGAGGGACGCUACACGGAUGCAGGAAGAUCUUGAGAGACAGAAUGCUCGAGCAGGUGAUACGCACAUCUCGAUGAACUUGGAGGUAUGUCUAUCAAAUGAUCAUGUCCUUCCACCUGCAAUACAGCAGGAUGAUAUCAGGACAGAGUAUCAUCCACGUAGUGGCAUCCCUACAAAGACUGACCACUUUGCUGAUUUUCGCUGCAACACUGCUGCUCCCUCGCUCGCACCUGAAAAUACCACUCCCUGGGAACCGUUUUCCUCGUGUAUUGACUUCGACUUUGCUGAACUGAUUCUGAAAGCCAACCUCACGAAACUGCAGAUGAACGAACUUAUCGGUCUCAUCCAUCGUGCUGCGCUUGAAAGAUUCUCAGUCACCGACUAUGACGGCAUCUGUAAGCUGUGGGAUGCUGCAUCUUCAUGCCAUGCAAAAUUCAAAAAGGAAGUGAUUUCGGUCCCACAUAGGGACCAGGAGCACAACUUUGAUGUCUGGUAUAGGCCACUCUGGGAUUGGACAUGUGACUUGUUGAAAGACCCUCGUCUUGGUCCGCAUUUUGUGUUUGAUGCUCAACGGUUGUACAAAUUUGACAGACAAGACUUUGUAUGUUUCUUUGACGAGCCAUGGACAGCUAAUGCCUUUUGGGAUUGUCAAUCAUCCUUGCCGAAGGAUGAAGGAAAGCCCUUUGCUUUCAUUAUAUAUGCUGAUAAGGCAAAGCUCUCCUCAUUUGGUCAUCAAAAGGUAUAUCCUGUCAUUGCACGAUGUGCGAAUUUACCUGUGGGAAUACGCAAUGGUGAAGGUUUCAGUGGCGGUCGCCUUGUAGGCUGGCUUUCGAUUGUUGAAGAAGACAGAAAGUAUUCCAGGACUCAGUCCUUUGUCAAUUUCAAGAAUGUCAUCUGGCACGAAUCAUUCAAGCGUCUUCUCAAAUCAAUUGCGCUGCUCUCGAAAACCAGUUGUUGGGUCAUGUGUUGGGAUAACAUCAAGUGUCUCUUUUACCCGCUUAUUCUCAUUUUAUCAGCUGACUACGAGGAGCAAUGUGUUAUGGCAUUGAUACACGGAACCAAGUGCAAAUGUCCUUGUCCCAUUUGUCUCGUUCCUAGAGAAGAGCUUGGGAAUGUACUGACAUCAUACCCACUGCGAACAAGCACGUCUGUUCAAGCGACAAUCACAGAGGCUCGAAGUUUCAGUCGACAAGAAGACAAAGAAAAGUUAUUAAUGUCUCAAGGCCUCCGAGACGUAGACUAUGUUGCUCACACAGACGUCCAUUCUGCAGUCUCAUUUGACCGCUUACAUGUAAAUAACAAAGGUAAUUUUUCUGACCAUUUGUGGACUCAGUUUCAGGAACGCAUCAAAUCAGUUGGUCGGCAGAUACAGUCUGAAAUUGAUGUACACUUUGACUCAAUGCCUUGUUGGCGCAACAUCAAUCAUUUUAAGCAUGUCAUGGACAUAUCAUUUUCUGACAGCUCAAAGUAUGAAGAUAUCUCUAAGCUUAUCGUAUUUGCCGCACAUGACAUCAUUGACCGAGGCACUCACACACUCCCUUAUCUGCUCCUUCAAUGCAUCCAUGAAUACGUGAACAUCAACAUGUAUGCUGCUCUUGAAGUGCACACAUCGGAAACCAUUGCUGUGGGCCAUCUGGCCAUAACAGAGUUCACACAACUAUUGGAGGUCAGUUUUUUCGCAAAAGACGACUCAGGAAAGAAUUGGGCAUACCCGAAACGGCAUGCAUAUGCCCACCUGUUCGAUGAUAUUGAAGCAAAGGGUGCUAUGUGGAAUACUAAUACCAAGCCAAAUGAGAAGUGUGUACUUUGCCUCGACCAUCGCUUCCUCAUUGCACAUUCAAUUCAUUUGGAUAUCGAGGAUUAUGAUGACCUCAUUGCAUCUCAAAAGGACCCUUCAUACCUGAGCAGUGCGGACAAUGAUGAAGACCUCGACAAUGACUUGGACAUCACACUUCACGUUAAGUUGGGUGCAGAGCAAAACGAGCAAACAUUUGCGGCCUUGGAGCAAGAGCAUGCAAGCAAUAAUGCAUUCAAUCGGUUUCGCAUCAAGCUUGCAAACUUUCUGAGUGAUUCCCUCCCUGCUCAUGGAAUACUGCUACCUGGCGGAAAACGAAUCAAGUUCAUGCCUGAUGAAACUGUAACCGAGCAUUGCUUCGUAAAGGUCAACUAUGAUCCCUCAUUUCACAACUUCCCUCGAUAUGACUGCGUCAUCCUUCAAACUCAAGCCGGAGUGAUAUUUGGGCAUUUACUGAUGCUUUUCACUUGUGUCGUGGAUGGUCAAACUCAUCCAGUUGCUCUCGUUCACCCAUAUGAUGCUCUGGUUGGACAACGCUCUCUCAAAGAUAAACACUUUCAGUUCUGGCGUGUUCGUCAAAGACUGAGGAUCUCAUCCAAAUUUUUUUUAGUUCACUCAAUCAUCCAUGGCGCAGCACUUGCAGAAGAUCAUAGCAUCCAGGGUGAUUACCUGGUUAUUGACACAAUUGACACUGACAUGUUCUUGUGCAUGAAGGUGAUGCACAAGUCUGCCGGUCAUGUGGAAUGAAGAACUGGCAUUGUCUUGUCUUAUAUCUCCAUCAUGCUCACUCUCUGCUCGCUCGACUCUCAAUUCUUGUAUCCCCCCAUCAUGCUCGCCUUUCGCUCACCCAUCACACUCACCUUUUGCUCAUUCGACUCUCAAUCCUUCCACCUCAGUCAUGCUCACCUU